AUGAAAAUAUCUCAAUGGUUUAUUAGAUCUGAUGAACUUCUUUUAAUAAAAAAUUUUUAUUUAUUAAAUAUUACGUCUGAUAUAAUGAGUGAUAUUGAAACAGAUAAAAAUAAUAAUUUUUGGAAAUAUCGUUCAUAUGAAGAAAUAAGAGAAAUUAUUUUAAAAAAAUAUCAAAUCUCACAAGAUACUUUUAUUGUUUUAUAUACAAGAGGAAAACUUAUGAUGGCCGCUCGUUUUGCUUGGUUGUUGUAUUGGAUUGGUUGUAAUCAUAUUCGAAUUUUAAUCGGAAAUAUAGAACCUUCUUUGUUUAUAAAUAAUCUUUCUCAGUCAUUAAGUCUACCAAAUCUUCCAUUACGACCAGAAGUUAUAUUAACUUGUAGUCAAUUAUCUAAUGAAUUUCUUUGUUCAACAACAAAAUUUAUUGAUGUACGAACAUAUAGAGAAUAUUCAGGAGAAAUAACAGGUUAUUCAUAUAUUCGACAUGCUGGUCGAAUACCGAAUUUUGAAUACGAUCCACUCGAUGGAAUAUAUGGACAAAUUAAUGGAGAUAUUACUUGGGAUGAAUUAGAAGCAUAUUUACAUUUAAUGUCAAAAACAAAUAUCUAUGAGAAAGAUAUAAAAAGAAUUGUCUAUAUGUGUGGAACUGGUUGGAGAGCAAGUUUAUCAGCAAUAUUUGCUGCAGAAUUAAAUUUAGCUAAAACUAUCACUGUACUUGAUUCUGGUUGGUUCGAAUGGUCUGAAUUAUAUUUGACAUAG